UGCUAAAAGGAGCAGUGUGCCAGGAGAGGGAGCAUCGCUUGGCUGUAGUUGCUGCCCCCAGACACAGGGCAACUUUGACAGCAGAGUUGCUUUCUAAAACCACACAGCAGGGUGUGAAGGAGGAGGAGCUGACACGUGGGUAAGGUGGGUGGUGCUUGGAAGGCCACUUGUCUCCACCGGAAGAGAAAGUGUGGGGCCCCUUCCCCCAGGGACCACCAGUCCUGUGCCAGGAUGGAGGUCCGCUGGUCCCUGCUGCUCCUGCUGGCCCUGAAAACACUGUGGGCAGUAGGCAACAGAUUUGAGGCCCAGAUCAUUGGGGGUCGAGAGGCAGUCCCGCACUCCCGCCCAUACAUGGUCUCGCUACAGAAUACCAAGUCCCACGUGUGUGGGGGAGUCCUCGUGCAUCAGAAGUGGGUGUUGACCGCUGCCCACUGCCUGUCUGAACCGCUACAGCAGCUGAAGCUGGUGUUCGGCCUGCACAGCCUUCAUGAUCCCCAAGAUCCUGGCCUUACCUUCUACAUCAAGCAAGCCAUUAAACACCCUGGCUACAACCUCAAAUACGAGAACGACCUGGCCCUGCUUAAGCUGGAUGGACGGGUGAAGCCCAGCAAGAAUGUCAAACCACUGGCUCUGCCAAGAAAGCCCCGAGACAAGCCUGCAGAAGGCUCCCGGUGUAGCACGGCUGGAUGGGGUAUAACCCACCAGAGGGGACAGCUAGCCAAGUCCCUGCAGGAGCUCGACCUGCGUCUUCUGGACACCCGGAUGUGUAACAACAGCCGCUUCUGGAACGGUGUCCUCACGGACAGCAUGCUGUGCUUAAAGGCUGGGGCCAAGGGCCAAGCUCCUUGCAAGGUGACAGGGGUGGCCUGGAACCAGCCUCUAACACCCUGGGGAGUGGAGGAGGGCGGGACUAACACCCACCUCAUUUCUCAGAUACGGAAACCAAGGCCCCAGAGGGUUUUAAAAAAAAAAAAAAAAAAAAAAAAAAGGAGUCUAGGUUGGAAGUCAGGAAGCCAGAAAAUUCUGGUUUGAACUCCAGUGCCACCAAUUAGUCAUCUGGGCCCAGAGCAAAAGUCCUGGGGUAGAAAGGAGGAGAGAAGGGAAAGAGACAGGAAGGUGAGCAAGGGAGGAAGGCUGCGGGCAAGGGUGCACAUGGAGCUUGAAAGGCUCCAGCACCUCCCAGGUCCCUGCUGCCCAGCUGCAAGCACAAAGGCUGACCUCUGUGUCCCCCAACUCUUUCAGGGUGACUCUGGAGGGCCCCUGGUGUGUGGCAAAGGCAAGGUGGAUGGGAUCCUGUCUUUCAGCUCCAAAAACUGCACAGACAUCUUCAAGCCCACCGUGGCCACUGCUGUAGCCCCCUACAGCUCCUGGAUCAGGAAGGUCAUUGGUCGCUGGUCACCCCAGCCUCUGACCUGAUGUCCCAAACUAUCUGGGACAUCAUUCUUGAUGUCUGGGGCUGGGAAGGGACUAGGUGUGCCUCUGGGGAUCAAUAAAUCCUGAUAUAUCUGUUGAGUCUA